GUUGCACAGUGAGCCGAGCUGGGAGGGAAGAUCACAGUCCAAGAGCCAAUAAAACACUCACUGAGUCAGAGACGCACUGCACAUAGCUGAACUCUGCAAAGUGUCUGUGAGUGAGAGUGAGAGAGAGACUUGUAAGUAUCACAAUGAGGGAAAUAGUCCACAUCCAGGCUGGCCAGUGUGGAAACCAAAUUGGAACUAAGUUUUGGGAAGUGAUCAGUGAUGAACAUGGCAUCGACCCAACAGGAGGCUACGCUGGUGACUCAGCACUGCAGCUGGAGAGAAUCAAUGUCUACUAUAAUGAAUCAUCCUCACAGAAAUAUGUACCCAGAGCAGUCUUAGUGGACUUGGAGCCAGGAACCAUGGAUAGUGUGAGAUCUGGUCCAUUUGGUCAACUGUUUCGACCUGAUAAUUUCAUCUUUGGACAAACAGGUGCAGGAAAUAACUGGGCCAAAGGACACUAUACAGAAGGAGCAGAGCUGGUAGAUUCAGUGCUUGAUGUUGUAAGAAAAGAAUGUGAACACUGUGAUUGCUUACAAGGAUUUCAGCUCACUCAUUCCCUUGGAGGAGGAACAGGUUCUGGCAUGGGAACGCUACUCAUCAGCAAAAUCCGAGAGGAAUAUCCUGAUAGGAUAAUGAAUACAUUUAGUGUCAUGCCCUCUCCAAAAGUCUCUGACACAGUGGUGGAGCCUUAUAAUGCUACACUCUCAGUCCACCAGCUGGUUGAAAACACAGAUGAAACUUACUGCAUUGAUAAUGAAGCUUUGUAUGACAUUUGUUUCCGCACCUUGAAGCUCACCACCCCGACGUAUGGAGAUUUAAACCAUUUGGUGUCCGCUACAAUGAGUGGAGUAACUACAUCAUUGCGUUUUCCAGGCCAGCUAAAUGCUGACCUUCGAAAACUGGCAGUGAAUAUGGUGCCAUUCCCACGCCUUCACUUUUUCAUGCCAGGGUUUGCUCCUUUGACAGCCCGAGGCAGUCAGCAAUACCGAGCACUCACUGUUCCAGAGCUCACGCAACAGAUGUUCGAUGCCAAAAACAUGAUGGCAGCCUGUGACCCAAGACAUGGACGAUACUUAACAGUGGCAACAGUAUUCCGAGGUCCCAUGUCCAUGAAAGAGGUUGAUGAGCAGAUGCUGGCCAUCCAAAACAAGAACAGCAGCUACUUUGUGGAAUGGAUCCCAAAUAAUGUCAAGGUGGCAGUUUGUGACAUCCCACCCCGUGGCCUCAAGAUGGCCUCCACCUUCAUUGGCAACAGCACAGCUAUUCAAGAGCUCUUCAAAAGGAUCUCUGAGCAGUUCUCUGCCAUGUUCAGGAGAAAGGCUUUCCUCCAUUGGUUUACAGGAGAAGGGAUGGAUGAGAUGGAAUUUACAGAAGCAGAAAGCAACAUGAAUGACCUGGUUUCGGAGUACCAGCAGUACCAAGAAGCUACGGCAAAUGAUGGAGAGGAAACAUUUGAAGAUGAUGAGGAAGAGAUCAAUGAAUAAAGAAAUUCUGUCUUACACAAAUUACAUCAAAAUUCUCAAAUAUGGAUUUUUAAAAUUAGUCUUGUAUAUCCAUAUUUAAUCUCCAUCCUCCUUUCUUCA